GCAGCUGUUUAACUUUUGGCGUUUCCUGUAAAUACAACUUUUGUACAGCAUUUUAAUCAAUUUGCAAGUACAAUAUAGUACAAUCCGUUGCUUAUACCGUGGCCGAGAAAAUGCAGACUUUUCGGGAACUCUCAACGCUGAAAGGACAACACGCGGAUUGUAGAAUUUCUCGGUGCACCAUGGCUCAGUUACAGUACCAUGGAACAGUUGGGUUUGCAGGCAGGCAGGCAGAGGUUUGGCUGUUGAAUAAUUUCUGUUGUUGCGGAGACACAUAUGGUUGAAAUUUGUCUCCCUCCCUGUUUGUGGCCGGCCUUUAUCGUCUGGAAACCUUGUUGCAAAGUGCCUGCCUUCAUCUAGAUAGGAAUUAUGGUCUACGUGAGAAUCUCAUCUACACGGAUAAUCACAAUUAGAAGUUUGGACAAGGUCCUUGGACAACUUGGACACUCAUACUGAGGUUGAUCUCUUCUACAACAGGACUGUGAUGUAGGCUUUGGAGCACGGAAAUAGGUUUCAGUUUAGGCUCCUGUCUCGGUAAUUUGCGUUAAUACAGGUCAGUAUUUAUGACAGAUUAGUUGGGCUCCAAGGGAAUGUCGUAAUGGAUUGUUCUUCCGCACAGUUGGUGACAUUAUGAUUGGUACGAAAGUUUGUUCUCGACAUGUUCCGGUUGCGGUGCUGAAUAGCUCCCUAGCAGCGGCAGAGACAAGUAGAGAGUCCAGAUCACGAGUGCUGCGCAGUCAGCGAGGUGGUCUGAUUGUAAUCAUGCUGUCUGGGUACCAAGAGGAGGGAAUUAGAUUUACCCAUACUAUCCUGUUCUUGUCUAACUAACAAGUUUGUCACGAGAAGAGUGACCGUAGUGAACUUGGAAUUCUGAGAUCGGUAGGGAGACGAAUCGUUAUAAUGAAGUAUCCGCAAAUCCUCUGAAACGAUCUGCUGAACCGUUUGGUGCUCUUCGACCAGACCCUGACCAGAGUGCAAAAUUCUCGGAGAUUAUUGCUAGACAUCUGUGCUCAAUCUUGUUCUGCUCCAGAGCCAUGGAAUACUGACGAGGCCCCAAGAAAAAAGAGAAAAAAUCCUUCACAGGGACUACUUAUCUGCAAAGACACCGGUUUGUAAAAGCCUGUCGGCUCCAGAGCUAGUUCCUAUCUGGGGUCAUUUGUACCUGUGCAGAAUCACAAGUGGUGAGCUGCUUGAUGUUUUGGCCUCCAGUGUGAAGUCUCAAUGGAUGAGUACGAGUCCUAACUGCUCCUUCUUCCUGAGUGAAUAAUCGAUGUCUAUUAUUUGGCGCCUAUCCGCGCGUAGCCAGCUGCCCAGGACUGCUUCUCUGCGGAGUCGAAGAAAUUACCCGGGAUUUCAAACAAUCUUGUGGAGUGCAUCAGUUCAGUCCUUGCCAAUGGAGCAAACUCAAGUCCAAGAGCUUUGAGGGAGCACGUUGCGGUAGAGGAUUAUUGAUCAUCUACUUUGAUAACAACCUUGAAUCUUCAGGGUAGAAAUUAAGAGAGGCACUUCACAAUUAUCGUCAUGUGUCCGCCGAGUAGCGACCUAGGACUACCACCGACUUUGAACAAUUUUAGCAUAAUGCAGGUAGAGGUAGAAGCUCAAGGAGAUAAUGUGUGCGAGAAUAAGCUUAAUUCACAGUCGAGUUUUUGUGGAAGUGGAGGAUCCAGGAAACUGUCAGAUGUUCUUGUGAAUGCGGGUGACCAGGACCUGGGGCGGGCAUCAGCUAGCAAGAGGCUGCAAAGAGCUUUGGUGGUUUGCUUCUUUUUUAUGCUUCUAGAAAUCGUCGGAGGAAGUCUGGCGGGAAGUCUGGCAAUUCUAUCAGACGCUGCCCAUUUACUCUCUGAUGUUGCAGGCUUUGCCAUUUCUCUUUUGGCACUGCGAGCUUCAGAAUGGUCAGACACUCCGCAACACUCGUAUGGUUUCCUUCGCUUGGAAGUUCUUGGGGCCCUUGUCUCGGUCCAAAGUAUCUGGAUCAUGACAGGGUUCAUUGUCUAUGAAGCGUUUCAGAGGCUUUUCCUUGGUUCGCUUCUUGUGGAUGGGCGCCUGAUGUGCUUGGUUGCCACAUUUGGGGUUGCUGUGAACCUUGUCAUGAUUUUUGUGCUGGGUCAUGGUCAUGAACACAGUGGGUCAGAUUCUGGUGCUUGUGACGGGUAUUCUCGUCUUAGUUUCCACCACCACGAACACAAGAAGGUUGAUGUUGAAGAUGGACAAUGCCUUAGCCAAGAGCAGAAGCAUGUCUACCAUGAAGAGGAGCAGAUGCAAAUAAGCUGUGCUGGUGGUUGCCACCAUAAUCAUGAAAGGGACAAGCCCACAAUGAUGAGAGUGAACCAUUGUGACGAAGAGGAGAAACCUCUGGUCGCUGAAGCUGAGGAGGAAUCUGUAAGUCUGAUGAGUAGUAGUAUCUCUCCAUCUGAUGAGGAUGAGCAUUUUCCAAAGGAGGUCCAUGUUUGCUGCUCAACGAAAGCGCAUCUCAGAAACUAUGAUAGUCAUAACAUUAAUCUCAGAGGCGCAUACCUCCACGCACUAGGGGACCUUAUUCAGAGCAUAGGAGUGCUGAUUACAGGAAUUGUUAUCUGGAUCAAACCUGAAUGGCAGCUUAUUGACCUCCUUUGCUCUUGUUUAUUCUCUAUCGUUGUUAUGUCAACCACUUUCAGAAUGGUCAAAGACGUGCUGUCGAUAUUGAUGGAGAGCACGCCCCAAGACGUGGAUUUGGAUGCUCUGAGAAGCGGAUUGAAGAGUAUCCCUGGAGUAGAUGACGUAAAACAGCUGCAUGUGUGGGCUCUCACCACCGGUACUAAUGUUCUCACUUGCCAUCUGCACAUAAAGCCAGCAGGAGGAGGAGCUGAAGCCAAGGACAUCCUGAGCAAUGCCACCAAAUAUUGUGCACUGAACCAGAGGUUCAAACAUGUAACCAUUCAAAUUGAGGAUAUUUCGUGCUAAGCUUUCGAGCAGCUGAUCCCCAUCAGUCUGGGGCAGAGGAGCCGUUGUCGUCCAAACUGCUUUGGAUGCCGGCUGGAGUUUCUGAUUGAGUUUGCUGUAUACCGACAUCCAAGGGCACCCAUUUGUCUUGGAAAUUCCGAAGAGCGACCCGUCCUGUGCAGGAUUUUCUCCACGGGGAAUACUGGAGCCACUCCAUCAGAAUCUGGAUAAUUAGUAAGCCUUAGAUUCCAUCACUUUUCAUCAAGCGGAAUCUGUUGAGUAAUAUUUUUCAUCGGUAUGAGGUCGCGGAUGCUAUGUACACGGAAAGAUCUUACUGAGGAUGAUGAAGAUAACCACUCCAAGCAAACGGCGACCAUAUGUGGGACAAUGUCAUGCUUGCACCACAUCGAGGUCACCUACUUUUGAAGGUCCUUGCAGCUGUGUGGAUUUUGUUGCUCCGCUGUCUUGACAAAUUGCCAGCGUUUAUGUUGGAAUUGUUUGUAGGUAAUGAGAAGUUUUUCUGUUGGAAUCAGGUUGACCGCUUCGUGCCUCCUUGUUGAAUGUCCUGAUUGCCGUGUGAAGAAGCCUGAAGUUAAUUUGU